GAAGUGAAAAAGAUAUUUAUUUUUUCUUUUUAAUGAAUCUUGAAUAGUGUAUUGACUUGCCGGAUCUGUGUCAUUCGCCGCCGGCUUAGAGAGUUAUGAAGGUCUUCCAUCUCGACCGUGAGAACACUCUAUCUGUGUCUCUCUUCUCCGAUGUCACCAACUCCAAGGAGCUCUUGAAUUCAAUGCUAGAAGGAAGUCUGAAGCUGGAGGUCUCAUUUCUCAAUGCAUUACUCAUACCAGACGUUUUCCCUCUCUUAGCUGCUGCUCAGAAAGCACUCGUCUCCAAAUCACGCGAUUCGUUAUCAACCCGAACUCUUCAUUCUGAGCUUGUCUAUAACUACUCUGGAUCUAAACAUAUUACGGAAUCAUUGAAACGAUGUGGGAUAUCUGAAAGCUCUACUUACAUUCUAGCUGCCCGUUUCAAUGCUUCUCCCCUUGAGAUGGAGGAGGUGGCGAAAUUGAUCAAGGGGAAGGAGAUUGACUUGGAGGAGUUAAAGACGCAUGCUAAUCAAGCCCAUAUACUAAAGCAUUACAAGAUAACUAGCCAAGAACUCGGGAUAUCCUCUCUCGAAGAUGCCAUUGUUUGCCGGAUCGCUGCACGCGACGCUUUGUAGAAGAAGACAUCUUUCUCUGUGUUCUUAUCAAUUAUAGCUUUUUUUUUUUCUCAGCUAUAACUAAAUGUUACAACUCGUUUUGUAGUGUUCUUAUCAGUUAAACCUCUUUAUUUAUUUCUUGUCCUCGUUUAGUUUGAACUAUGAGAGGAACAUAUUAAAAUACAAAAAUUGAUGCACUAGUAAUAAUUACAUGUUCUUUGCUUA